UUGUAUCUUCUUUCCACAGGUCAGCAGAGGGAUCUGAAGUGGAAUCUUGCAGGGGUCCAGCUGUUCUCCGGCGAGGGUCUGGACACGUGCGUGCGUGUCCUUCAGAAGCUGUGCAGCCUGUUGCUGCAGCCGUGGCGUGUGCACGGACACAUGGGCCCCACACCGCAGCGCUGCAUGAUCAUCAGUAUCUGCAUCAGCACACUGAGACUGCUGCGCACCAUGCUGACGGAGCUCCUGCGUGGGGGAGCGUUCCAAUUCAGGGACACUCGCGUGGCCAGUGUGUUGGUGUCGCUCCACAUGAUCGUCUGCUCCAUCCCCGCAUCCGGACGUCUAGACGGAGAGGAGACUCGAGUGCAGGCGCUCAUCGUGGACGUACUGCUCACCUUCACACAGGGUGUUAAUGAAGAGGUGACUCACACAGAAGAGACUCUGGCCAGUAACACUUGGUCUCUGAUGCUGAAAGAGGUUUUGGGCUCGCUGCUGAAGGCUCCUGAAGGGCUCUUCUCUGGUUUGACGUUGCUGUCUGAGCUCCUGCCUCUUCCACUGCCAAUGCAGAGCACUCAGGUGAUAUCAGUCCAAGAUGUAGCGGUAGCCUUGAACACGAGGAAGCUGUGGAGCAUGCACAUACGGGCGCAGUGGAAAGUGUUCUCUGAGGCUCUGAGGUGUGCGUGCGCCACCAGCUGCCCCCCCCUCCUGGCCAUGCUGAGGAGGAUGUGCGUUCAGCUGGCUGACCUCUCUUCACCCACGGCAACACUCAUCAUGAAGAGCCUGCUGGAGCUGCUGCUGGAGGAGCUGCAGCCUGCUGAGGGGAAGAUAGUGUGCUGGGGCCAAGUCCUGAGGCUGCUCUCUCUGAUGGACGCCCUGGUGUCACAGAAAGCGUGUAAGAGCGCAGCGCUGCACCUGCUGUCCGGCUCUGUGUCCGGAGACGAGCAACUGGCCGAUCUGUUCCCCCCCAUGCUGGCUCUGCUGGUUCCUCCAGCGGACCGCUCCUUACCCAAGCAGCAAUGCAGCGAACUAGUGGGGACGAUAUUACAGUCACUGUGUGACCAGGACAUUUCUCUGGUGGUGUCUCCUCCUGGUGAAAGCUGCAUGUCGGAGGCUGAGCAGCUGGCCAACUCCCUUCCAGGGCGAGAGAUGAUCUCAUCAGUGUGUAACGGCUUGUUGGAGGUUCUGGGGAACGCAGAGAGCAGCGUCCCACUCCUCCUCACCUGUAUCAGGACUCUGGCAUUCCUCAACGAGCACGACUACGGACUCUACCACUUCAAAGUAGCUCUAAAGAAACAUGGCGCUGGUCUUUGCUCGCUGUUGAAGAGAUUGGUGUUGGCCUUCAGCAAGGACUCGGCAGAUCUGCUCUCAGCUCUGCUCGACUUCCUCAGACAGAUCCUCAACACAGAAACAAUGUGUGUGGACGAGACACACGGGACGGGGGAGGAGUCAGCCUUCACUCCUCAGCGGCUGCUGUCGGGCUCCGAGAUGAAAGCUCUGCUGCAGUGGGAGGGGGCCGAGUCCCACCCACUCCCUACUUUAGAGAAAAGGAUUACGAAACUAUGUAAGGAGGACGAUUCCCUGGAGACGAUGUUGGAGACUGUGGUCGUUCUGAGGCAGACGCUGGAGAUGGCCACUGACUCUCCACCUGCCGUCGACACUGAGCCCACUCUGCCAGCACCCGAGACCCUCGGGGCUCAGUUUAAUCACAGGACAGUGUUCAUUCUGUCCGAAGCUCUGGAUGAGCAGCUGAAGACCCUCUGGUUCUCUCCGUUCCAGACUGACGACAUCGAAGCAGACCUUGAUUUGGUGAAGGUGGAUCUGGUGGGUCUGGCUCAGGAGUGUUGUCCAGAACUGGACCUGAAGGCCGAGCUGGAGCGCUCCUUCCUGUCCGAGCCCUCCUCCCCGGGUCACUCUAAGGCUCCCAAAGGCUUCCGACUUGGCAAACACAAGCAUGAGACGUUUAUUACAAGCGGUAAGUCGGACUACAUCGAGCCGGCAAAGCGAGCGCACAUCAUGGCAGCUCCUCGUGGCCGUGGAGGUCGAGGAGGGUUCGGACAGAAUCUCAACCGACCACACGAUAUCUUCCGCCAGCGCAAACAGAACACCUCCCGUCCUCCCAGUAUGCACGUCGAUGACUUUGUGGCGGCGGAGUUUAAAGACACUGGGACUCCUCUAGGACUUUUGCCUCCUAAACGGCCCCCCAAGAGCUCCCCAAAACCCCCAACCAGAGGACUGUUCACUGGCAACAGAGGCAGGGGCACCUUCCACAGCCAGACUCGCUUCUUCACUCCACCACAGCCCAAAGGGGUUCUGCUGUCCGGUAACUACACUCGCAGAGAAGGGGGCCGUGGUUCAUCGUGGAGUGGCCAAAUUCCAGGAGUCACCCACAGAGGAACUUACAGUGAACCCCGUGGGGGGCAGAGCAACUUCACACGGGGGCCCAUGCCCUCCAGACAACCCCCAGCAAGUGCGUAUCGGCUGGCUCCACGGGACCGAGCCCAGCGGGGGAGGGGGGGCGCCGGGCUGUCGUGGCUGAGCGGAGGAGGAGGAGGAGGAGGAGGAGGAGGAGGAGGAGGAGGAGGCGGCGGCGGUGGCGGUGGAGGAGGUGGUGGAGGUGGAGGGAAGCGGAGAAAGGGCCAGAGCAGGACCACAACUGCUCCAAGCAUCACAACCAGCUCCGUCAGCUAA